UUCUAAUCUUUUAAAAAUGCUGAGAAGAAGAGAGAGCAUACAGAAGGCUAGAAAUGCCUUGAUGUCCUCCAUACCCCCACUCCUUCAAUCCCUUCUCUCCCCCAAACAUCAUCAGCUGCAGCAGCCACCGUCCGUCGCGAUGCACCAAGCUCCGGACCAUCUCGAGGCUGCAUAUCAGCAGAAGCGCGCCCUCCGCUCCAAAGUCCGGAAGGAUUUAAAGGCCAUGAGCCCUACGCAGAGAAGAGAUGAAGAUAUUGCGAUUCAGAAUAUUGUUUUGGAAGCUUCAUGGUUUAAAGCUAGCACUGGAUUAUGUGCUUAUAUAAGCUGCGAUGCCUUACGAGAAGUUGAUACAUCAAAGAUUUUGUCAGAAGUUCUAAGUGGUCCAACUAAUGAGUGUCAUAUACAAACCAAGAAAAAGCUUUAUGUUCCACGGGUGGAAGACAAGAAUAGCCACAUGCGGAUGCUCAACAUUUCAAGUAUGGAAGAUCUAAUUGCAAAUUCAAUGAAUAUCUUGGAACCAGCCCCAGUAGACGCCGAUGGAAAUGAACGCCAAGACGUUAUGCUGGCAACUCAUCCAGUUGAUUUGCUCCUCUUACCAGGGCUUGCCUUCAACAGAUCUGGAAGACGCUUGGGCCGUGGUGGAGGUUACUAUGAUACGUUCUUGAGGAAAUACGAGGCGCUUGCUACCGAGCGAAAAUGGAAGCAGCCCCUUCGAGUUGCACUGUCAUACUCUUUGCAAAUAUUGGAUGAGGAAGUCAUCCCUGUUACUCCCAAUGAUGUUCCUGUGGAUGCGCUCGUCUCCCCAACCGGCGUGAUUUGUAUAAGCCCUGCUGCAUUGGAAAGGAUGUGAAAAUAGAUGCAUUUUCCAGCUAUUCAUGACUCGCACGUAUGAUACAAUCCUUUGAUCGAUGGACUUCUAGCCAUUGGAUGCAUUUUCCAGCUGCUCAUGGCCCACGAAUUGGAUGCAAUCCUUUGACUGAUGGACUUUAGCUUUUGAAUGUGGACAGCUAAUUACUAUAAUUUUUUCUUCCUUUUUCUUUCUGUUCGUUCAAAGUUUACAGAUCAGACAACUAGGAUGAUGUGUUUCAUGUGGUUUUGUUUUUUUUAAAACUGUCGGCUAUCCAGAGUAGGGCGGCCUACAAGAUGAGCAGUCCAGUUUCAAUAACUAUGGUUGUAAACCUUGAUAGUGGAAUAUAAGGAAUAAAUGAAAGAGCAGAAAUACAUGAGGAUUUAGAUCCUGUCAA